AUGUCGAUUGAUACUACAAGGUAUCAUGAUGAUAGUCGAAAAUGGUCUCGUGGUGGGAGUUUCAACAGUAAUUGUAGAAGUAAACAAUCAAGUCAUGGUACCGGUGAUAGCGAUUCUCUGAUGGAACUCACCGACGAGCACGUUUUACAUUUGCUCGAUCAAGCUAUUGAUCAUCACGAUAAUUGUAAUCCGAUGAGUACGAGACGUCAUCUGCCACAAAUUCCCCCUCAAUUAGGAGCUAUGCCGAUCAACGAUCAUUCUCAAGUACCAACUCGUUCGGCUAUAGAAGAUUUAUUUCAAAUAUUUGAAAACAAUGCUGAAUUUAUAACGAUGGGUAAACGUUUAUUAAAUAAAAAACGAAAAUUAGAACAAUUACGAGCACAACUUAAUUUACCUGAUGAUUUAACUAGUGAAGACACAGUCAAAUUAUUACAAUUACGAGAACGUCUCAAAGCAAAACGAAGACUACCGACCGCAUUCAUUGCACCAGAAAAAGCAUCCAUGAAUAAAGAACUAACAACAAUAUAUCGAAAAUCAUCAACUAGUAUGCCUGAUCUAACUCCAGCAGCGUUAAUUGAUACAACUAAUCAAUCAUCUUUAUUCGAUCUCAAUGCUUCAUUGAAUAGUUCUGUUUAUCGAAAACGAAGACGAAAAUCACUGUUUCGAAAACAACUUGGACCUGAAUUUGUUGUACAACCUAAUGCUAAAGUUGAAAAAAUCAUAGUUCCUAGCCGAAAUCCAUUUGAAUGCAUUUGUCAAGUUAUGGUUCUUCUUCCAAAUAAUAAUUGUGUUCGAGUGUGUUGUAAAUCCAAUGCUACUGUACGUGUUAUUUAUGAAACGAUUGUUACUUAUGCUGAUUUAAUUGAACAUGAUCUUUUUGGUCUUAUGAUUAUGAUCGAAGAUGAAUGUUUUUUUCCUCCGAUGGAUCUUAAAAUAUCGAAAUUAAUCAAUGAUGCAAAAUGGAAAUCUGGUCAAACCAUAUAUGUUAUGCAAUUAAAAAUUAAAUAUUUUGUUAAUGAUAUUGCUGUACUCAGGCAUUUUCUUACGCAACAUUUUUUUUAUUUGCAAUUUCGACAAAUGAUUCUUGAGGAUGCAUUUGAAACUAACAGUGAACAAAAAUUAUCAUUUGCAGCAUUAGCUUAUCAAGCUGAAUAUGGUGGAUUAAAUGAAAAUGAACAAUCGCCAACCAAUUUUAUCAUUGAACAUUAUGGAUCCAAGGAUUUAAUUAAUGAGUAUGGUACUCAAAACUUACGCGAAGAAAUUAUUAAAAGACAACAAAUCUAUGCUGAAUUAAAUGAUGUACAAGCUGAACAAUUGUUUGUGGAAAGUGUGAUGAAAUUAGACAAUUAUGGUUAUCAUAUGUAUAAAUUAUACAAAGAUCUAAAACGUGAUGAUGUAUUUCUUGUUGGCAUACGUUUAGAAGAUGUAUCAAUUUGGCAAAUAAAAAAUCGGCAACAAUCAGCAAAAGUGGCUUAUCUCUGGGAUCAAAUUGAACGGAUAGAUUUUGAUAAAAAAACAUUUUCUAUCAUACUUAAACGUCAAGCAAGUGAUGCAAAAAUUAAAUAUUUAACUAAUAAUAGUAAAAAAGGAAAAUAUUUAUUCAAUCUCUGCUAUGAUACAUAUACAUUUACAAAAUCACUUCUUCUGCGUCAUAAUAGUCGAUAUAGUUUAUUAAAUGAACCGAUCGGUGACGGUAAAUUUAAUAUCAAAAGACAAACCUCUGAAAAUGAAAAUGUUAUUUUCUUUUUUAAUAAUACAGUUGAUUUCGUUCGUAAUGGUUCCGAUGCAGAAAGUGUCGAUCACAAUGUUGAUCAAACUCGAUCUCGAUCACAUGAAAAUUUAAGUACAUUGGGAAAAAAUGCACCAAUUAAGUCGCCUACAAUAAUUGUCUAUGAAGUUGAUUUAUAUAAAGACAGUCAUAAUAGUUUGGGUAUGUCACUUAUGGGUGAUUCUACUUCAGGAGUUUUUAUCAAAUCAAUUCAACAAAUCGAUGGAAGUGCAGCACGAUCAAGAAAAAUUCAAACAGGCGAUAGACUUUUAUCAUAUAAUGGAAAUAAUAUUGGUGGUAUGACGGUGCAAGAAGUAGCCAAUGCUCUUAGUCUAUCACCAAAUCCCUGUCAAUUAAAAUUGUCAAGACAUGAAGUUCCAACACUAAAUCAACGAGAUCAUUUUCAAAGACCAACGAGUGUUGAUGCUGAUUCUUUCCUACAGCAACAAAAACAUAAUAAAUAUUCGUCAAAUACUUUAUCAACAACAUGGUCACAUGAAAAUCAUUCAAAAACUUUGCCAACAAAACGUCUUCUAUCGAAUGAAAGUAUUCUUUCGCAAGCAUCCGACCUGUCAGCUACACAUGAUAUCAAAAGUGCUGUAUUUCCUGUAACAAUAGAUAAAUUGGGUCAUAAUAGUCUCGGUUUUCUUGUUGUUGGUGGCCUUGAUUCGGAAAUUGAAGAUCAUGGAAUCUAUGUUAAAAGUAUAACACCGGGUGGUCCUGCUUCAAAAUCAAAUUUAUUAAUAGAAGGUGACAAAAUUCUUGAAGUAAAUGGUUCUUCGUUAGCACGAGUAACACAUGCUGAGGCUGUUGAAUUAUUUCGUGGAGCAACAGGGCCUAGAUGCCAUUUACUUGUUCAACGUCUAAUUUUUCUCAAUAGUUCACACUCAUCAUCGACAAAAAGAAUCUAUCCUUUCGCUCGCCCAGGUACUAAAUUUAAUAUUAACAUGAAAGCUAUCCUAUAUAAGCACAUUGCGGCUAUUUUAGAUAAUACAUUUGAAGUUUUUCUAAACCGUAGCCCUACUGGUUUAGGUCUUAGUUUAACGGGUGGCACAGCUGAAAAUAAACCCAUCGAAGUUCUUGAUAUCUACCCCAAUCAACCAGCUGCUCUAUCAGGUCGAUUAAAUAUUGGUGAUGUUAUUUUAUCAAUCAACAGUAUAACUAUGCAUAAUAAAAAUGUGCGAGAUAUACCUUCGGUUAUUGGUGACUCAACAGAAAAUGUUAAAAUUGUUGCAUGUCGACCAGAUCAGAGAGAAUAUCAAGAUUAUUUGGAUCGUCAUAUGAAUAAUGAUAAUCAAUCACCUAUACCAUCACCAAUGAAUAAUGAGCAAUCUCGAUGUACAAAUGAUGUAGUUCGUGAUUUACCGCCAAAAUCACCUGGUACUAGACGUUUUAUGCCAAAAGUACCAAUAAAAGUUAAACGCGGCGAGGUUUUUGCCGUGAUAAUGAACAAAGAAAAAGAUAGUGGUUUUGGUUUUACAUUAUCAGCAGGUUCAUCAUCGAUCGGAUAUCCACAUAUUCGAUCGGUAUUACGUGAACCUGCUCUAUCUGCUGGAUUGAAACAUUGGGAUCGUAUUCUAUCGAUAAAUGAUACAGAUUGUCAAACAAUAACGCAUCGUGAUCUUGUUGCACGGCUUCGUUAUGCACCAACAGGUCCUGUACAUUUUAUUAUCUAUCGGCCACGUAUUGAGGAAAUUGUGCAUGCAAAAGAAAGAAGCAGACAAUUGCAAAAUACAUCAUAUGCAUCAAUAAGCGUUGGCGAUCAAUCAGGCACAAGUAUCUCAGCGCCACCGUCGCCUGUCAUGCCUAGUAAACCGAAUAAAUCCGAAUUGUUUAAUAAGCCUGUGCAAUAUGAAAAAAUCGAAGUUAUAUUACCUAAAGCUCCUCAAGGAACGUAUGGUAUUGGACUCAGUCAAGUCGACCCUCAAAAGUCACUUGGUGGUAUAUUUAUAUGUGCUCUUCAACCAAAUGGAAUUGCUGAAAAAGAUGGACGAUUAAAGAUUGAUGAUCGGCUAUUAUUCAUAAAUGAUAAUAGUACUGAGCAAAUGUCUUAUCGUGAAGUCGUAGAAGCAUUAAAAGUGACAACAAAAAAAGGUGUUAAACUAAUAAUUGCUAGACCCAUAAACGAUUCUUCGACAUCAAACACAACAAAUAUAAUUCCGAAUAAAGAAAUUCCAAAGACACAAGAGGAAACGCCAAUACCUAAGUCAACACCGCCAACUAUUGCUUCAUCGAUUUUUGAAAAAUUAGUACCACGUGAAAAACCAAAAAUACUUCCUUUAACAAAAAUUGAAAAGCCCCAAGCAACUACUACUAUGAUUGCACCAACUUCUAUAGAAAUAUCAUCAUCAUCAUCAUCAUCAUCAUCUGCAGCAGCAGCAACUACAGUAGCUGAUGUAGCUGCUACAUCUUCGUUACCAUCAGGUUCGGCAUUAGCAUCUCUGAUUGGUAAAAAGAUCAAACCAUUAUCAUCGAAUACUGCCGAAACAAUCACAGAUAAACAGCAGAAUCAACCGAUUGAUAUUAAGAAAAAAGAUUCUCCUCUUUCACAUACCGAUGUCGAUGAAGAUACAAGUGAUAUAAAAACACCAUUAAUAAGUCCUCAAUCACCAAUAGCACCACCACCAACUAUUCUAGAAUUGAUAGUACCACCUGCAAAUUCAAAAUUAUCAUCAGCAUCUUCAAAAAUUGAUAUUGCUAAACGAAAACAAUAUUAUCAACAAGCUGCAUCUAAUGAAACUCUAAUACUCAAUGCUGGUGUUGCGGAAAAGAUUGAAAAUUUAACUAUGCAAUUAAUCGAUAAAAUUAGUACACCAGCUAUAACAAUGGAUACAACAACAUUAAUGGAUGAAUGUCGUGAAGUCGAUAUAAAAAUUGGUCCUGAUGAUGAGUAUUUAGAAGAGUUUCGAACAUUAAAAGCUAUCAAUGAACAUGAACCAGUCGAAUUCAGUUCUGUGGCAAUGUUAGCUGAAUAUAAAACACUAAAUCGUUUUCAAAAUAUAAUUCCGUAUGAUUUUAAUCGUGUUGUGCUUUCAACUAAACCAGAUUAUAUCAAUGCGAGUUACAUAGCAAUACCAAUUGGAGAUAAAUCAAUGAAAUAUAUUAUUUGUCCACCACCACUACCUGAUAGUAUCAAUGAUUUUUGGCAAAUGAUUUUUGAAGCAAAAGUUAAAUGCAUGAUAGGCAUAUUUAAUGAUCAAGAUUUAAAAAAAAUGAAAUGUCCUGCCUAUUGGCCAACUAGUAUCAAAACAGCAAUGACACUUUCACCAUUUUUAUCUUUGACACUAAUAAAAAGUCGUCAAUUAGAUGAAAGUAUUGAUAUCAAAGAAUUUCGUAUUCGUGCUAGUGAACAACCACAUCAAAAACAAGAACAUUCAAUUAUAUUUUUAACAUAUAAUAAAUGGCCACAGGAUGACAAGAUCCCACGUGAUACGCACUCAUUUCUUAAUCUUAUACAUUUAGCACAUUCAUAUCAAACAAGUGAUACACCAUUAUUGAUUCAUUGUAAUACAGGUGUUGGACGAACAGGAUGUGCAUUAUUAAUAAGUUUACUUCUAAUUAAAAUGAUACGUGGAAGAACAUUAGAUAUUUACCAAAUGGCUAAAGAAUUGCGACGUCAACGUUGUGGUAUUGUUCAAACUGAGCAACAAUAUCGAUUUAUUUAUGACUGUGCGCGUGAUGCACUUAACAUGGCUAUCGAACUCUCAAUCAUGCAAAGUGCACAAUAA